UCAAGGAAAUUUUCUUCCUUUGUUUUCUUGAGAAUUUUUGUUUCUUUGGCGAUGAUUUUUAUGGUACAUAGUAAAGUUUAACGUACAAUUCAACAAAUAAUAAAUAAAGUGGUUAAAAUGGACAACAACGAGAUUAGAAUGUUUAUGGAUGUUAAACUAGAUAUACACAAUAAACGCCCAGAUUCUCUUAAGUUCAAGCAAUGGUCCAGAUGUGAAGUAAAAAUUGAAGGCAUAAAAUGUUUGCCCAGCUAUUUGCGCGUUGCAAUCACAGGAUGUAAUGAUAAUGAGACGAACGUGUCGGAGGAGGAGCGCUCAGAGUCGAAACGUUGUAUUAGUGUUUCCGUUAUAGUACCGGGCGUUAGCAUUAGUUUAGCAGCAUCGCGUACUAAAAAAUUUAGCUAUGGCCUUUUUUGGACGCAGAAUCGUAAACAGUGUUACAUAUAUUUUGCAGUGGAAACAGAGUCAAGUUGCAGACGCCAUAUGAAAUGGAUUAAAAAGACUAUUAAAAAUUUAGAAUUACAUCGACAAUUAAUGUUGGAGCAGAAUAGAAUUAGUCGCGGCCCAGUUAUGGACAGUGCUGGUAUACAUGUAAAGCAGUAUGGGAAGGAAAACGUCCAAGUUAGCUCGCAACCAAAGCAAGAAGAUGAAAAUUCUGGCGAAUCACUUUACUCGGCUCUUGGACCGCUACCGAAAAUUCCAAGUUACGAUUCUAAUCAAAAUGAUUGGUCGCGCCGCAUAUCACACAAUUCGGAAAUUUAUGAAGAGAUCUUUGAAAAUAUUGAUGGGCAACCACGUUUCUCGCGACGAGUAUCUCGUGGUUCCAUUGCUUCUGGAAUUUAUGAAGAGAUGAAGCCUAGCCCUUGUGCGUUCAAUUCUAUCGAUGAAGAAUCAACUGAACUACAGUUGGGAACGGGCUUAGAAACUACGCCACCUCCACUUCCGCCCCUACCACCGCCUCGGAAGCGGAUAAACACUUUCGAUGGUCAAGGUGUUUUGGGUGAAAUACCCCGUUCUAAUACAAAUCCUGAGUCAGAAUUGGCAAAGAAAAAGAAGUAUAAAAAUGUGUUAGAUAAUAUUUUCGGCAGUGGGCGUGCCAAACGCGCUGAAAGUGUUAGCGAAACACAGGCUUGCACUGCAGAAGAUAUAAUCAAUAGCAUUACACCCACCAAAGCAGAUGAUGAUAAUAAAGUCACCACGCUGAUAUAUACCAAUGAUGCUGCGGCGAAACGGCAAGAAAGAUCAAAUUGUCCAUCAUCUGCUCUCGCUAAGUCGAAACGCAAUAGUUUUUCCUCGCCAGACCUAUUGAAAAUAAAUUACGUGGAUAACUUUGACGAGAAACACAUCGUCAGAGGUGCAUUGAAUGCAACCAAUACAUCCAGUGAUGACUUAGAUUUGGGUGGAGACAGCUUACAUAAUGUUUUCUUAGAACCGUCCAAAGAAGUUUUCCAAUUGUCAAUCUUACACGGAAGAAUAUCCGUUGAUAGUCUUAAUGUCUCUGAAAAAAUUCCAAACAAUUUUAACUUUUCCGCGAUUAAUUCAUCGGGUAUUAAUUUAGUAGGCUCUAAUGGUGCAGCUAUACCCGCAAGCAAUCAAAAGAAGAAUAAAAUUCUGAUAGACGAUUUAACUGGCUACUGCGUUAUGGCACCUAUUCGACCAAAGAAGGAGACGCAGCAUACGUCUAAUGACAAGAUACCUACUGAGCCAACCUCAUCAGGUUACUCAACUAGUUCUUAUCCAUCCGCAAGUUCUUCGUCCGCGGAAGACUCAAAAGCGCUAGCUGUUAAAGAACGAUCUACAGUCGUUGCUGAAGAGAGCGCCAUAUAUGAGCAAAUGUUGAACUUACACACAUCAGCUGUCGAACCCGAGACUACAGAAAACAAGAGUCCACACCAACAUCAAGUCGAUGAAUCGGUUACUCUUUCAGCAACUAGUGCUUCACCGUCCGCCUCUAAUAUUACAGCUUUUACUGGAAAUUUAUAUGAAAAUUUAUUAGCUGUAAAAGCUUCACAGGAAUUGGAGCAACAGCUACCACCUGCGUUGCUUAGCACAAGUACACCCACUGAAUCACCGCAGACACAACCAGCGGUACAAGAUAACCAAUUAGAAGAAGAGGAAAAUUUCUACCAAACGCCGCGCAAGUCAAUAAUUAGUGUUGAUGAAAAGAUUCCUUCCUAUUAUCCAAAUAGUUGUGAUACAGCCAAAACUCGUCGUCAUCACAUAAUGGCCACCGCUAGUCCACAGCAAGCGAUUUACAGUACUUCGCCCUCCAUAAAUGCAACCAGUGCAGCAGCGAAUACAGCCGAGAAACACAAAAAUGCAUCAACAUCUGUUGCCUUGCGGCAAAUGGUCAAUUUAAAAAUACGAGGUGAACGCAAAGAGAACCUCUACAUAUCCUCUCCACAAAACAUCUUAGAGCAACGCCAAAGUGGAAACUAUCCACCGGAUACUGACAUCAAAAACUUGCAGAAAAAUGGUAAAUUACAUAAAUCGUUGCGUGCAGGUGCUUUGAAAAUUGCCGAACAUGUCUAUACUGUUAAGCAUGCAAAACAGAAAAGCAGCAGCACUGAUAAGAACCUAAACAAUAACAACAACGAAACGGAUGUAGUUAACUUUCCUGAUGAUAUGCGCGAACGGCUACAAAACGAACUGUUGCAAUUUGCGUUGCUGCAAAAGAUUGAUUUUAAAUUCGAUGACGCAAGAUCUGCUGCCGAUCAGCAAAGUCCAUUAGAAGAGCUAAAACCACCAUCGCCCACAACGAAACAGCAACCGCAAAGUACCGGGAAAGAGCGCAUAUACGAGAACCUACUGCAUCAUCACCUACAACUGCGGCAAACAGAAAAUCGGUUUGUUGCUGGUACUGUUGGCGAUUCUUCGACUUCUGCGUCAGCCGCCAACGAUAUAAAUUCAAAAUUGGAAAUGCAUCAGAGCUGCAUGGCUGGCGUUAACACCAAGGUGCCCAUUGCUGCUGCCGAUGUCGUUGAAGUGGCUGAUAGUUGCAGUGCUGUUGCGGAGAGUAGUGGCUUAAGCGGUGCCAAAAAAUUCACUUCGUUGCCGCGUUUCAAGAAAAUCGAUUUCUCACCGCUGCGUCUGCGUAUAAAUAGCGUAUUGCAACGCGGACUGCAACAAGACUUCUAAUGGAUGCCUGAGUGCCUAUUGCGCGCAGGGGGAUUGCUGUGGCGCGUGGUUUUAGGAAAAGGUAUUGAAGUCAUGGUCGUCAUGGUCAUACAUAAAAACACGAAAAUAUCGAUAUUAGUUAAGAUAUAAUUGCUUUAAAAUUCCGCUUAGGCAAGCUCUAAAUUACUCACUACACUUGUUGCGUUUCCUGUUUGUUCUAAAUUUAUGCAGCUUUAUGCUACAGCUAUUGUUGUUUACCGGUUUUACUCGAAAUACUCGUAUCUAUGUAAGCCUUUUAGUUUUUGAAUAAGCUUUGGCUGUUUUAAUGUCUAUAUAAGAAAGUGAAUACCAAGUGAUAUAUAUAUCAUAUAUUUUUUUAAUAUUUACUGUUACUAUUAUUUUCUUGUAUCUUUUAUGUUGGCCAUCUGAAUUAAAACAAAAAGUUGUCAAAUGAAAUAUGUAUUAAACAAUUUAUAAUGAAUUUGUGUUUAUGAUUUUUUAAACGGAAGCUAAACAAGCUUUUGGUAAUUUUGCUUUUUCAUGAAUUUUUUACAUCUAUUUUAUACUUAUUUUCCUCUUUACUAAUUCAGAUAAACUUAAAUGUAUAAUUAAAUUGAAAUUUUGUAUUAAAACUCGUAUUAAAUUUAUUAAUUAAAGAUUUUUUAUAACAUUCUUUGUGUGGGCGCAGAAAAAAAAUCUGCGUGCCUUGUUUGAAUGUGCACGAGGAGAAUCUAAACUGAAAAUAUUACUUUUGUAUAUUAAAACGGUUUAAAUGUAGUUAAACGUUACCAAUCAUGUUAAUUAUUUUUAAAUACAUUUUACAAAAACGCUGUUGUGUUA